GGCGGCGGCGAAGACGAAGACGCCGGAUCCGUCUCGGGCCGGGCGAAACUGGCUCCCAACGCCCCUUGGAUAAGGAGUCUUUUCAUUUUAUUUUACCCAAAACAUGAAGGAGGAUGUGCAGGCUUCACACUGUUGGAGUCUUGAAGCUGUUUCAUCAAGGGAAAGGAGGCUUGUCCUGAAAUGGUGCCUAUAAUCCUCGUUGCUAAAUAAGUAGUAUUGGAGUUGUAGGAUUUGAAUACGGCUGUCUGCCCUUUUGUUGUUUGGCACAAGUAUCCUCCACCAGAUGUUUUGCUACACCAUCAAAAAUAUUAUGCUGGUGUGUUUUUUCCAGCCCCCAGACCGCAACAACUGAUGGCUGUAGACCAUCAAUGUACUUUAUCUAGCAGCAUCUUUGGGGCCUUGCCAUGUACUCUGGUAUGGUUAUUAUGAGCAAGAAAUUUGUGAUCAAAUGAUUCUUUGACUUUUAAAGCUAGAGAAAUAGACUUGAAAGAAGUUCUACUUGACAUUGGAUUGUUGUAUACUGCAUCUAAAAAUUAAGGUCAAAAACUCUUUUUCUGUUGCUUUGCUGGCAGCAUCAAAGUUCUCACGUGACAUAACUGCCGCAAUUGUGUGCCUUUUAUCCCUUUGGAUCAUAAAACAAGGAAGAAAGGUGUUGGAAAAAGCCAAACUGUUGUCUACUCUGAGGUUUUAAUACAGUUUUUGAGUUAGUUUAAAAAGCAAAGAUGUCAUUCUUCAAUUUUCGUAAGAUCUUCAAGUUGGGGGGUGAGAAGAAAAAGAAGCAGUAUGAGCAUGUCAAGAGAGACUUAAACCCAGAGGACUAUUGGGAAAUUAUAGGAGAACUGGGAGAUGGUGCUUUUGGAAAAGUAUUCAAGGCUCAGAACAAAGAAACAAAUGUGCUUGCUGCUGCAAAGGUGAUUGAUACUAAAUCUGAGGAAGAACUUGAAGACUACAUGGUUGAAAUUGAUAUCCUAGCAUCCUGUGAUCAUCCUAACAUUGUCAAACUUCUAGAUGCCUUUUAUUAUGAAAACAACCUUUGGAUCCUGAUUGAAUUCUGUGCUGGUGGUGCUGUAGAUGCUGUAAUGUUGGAACUUGAGAGGCCACUAACCGAGCCACAGAUCAGGGUAGUUUGCAGGCAGACACUUGAGGCGCUGCACUAUCUGCAUGAAAAUAAGAUCAUUCAUCGAGAUCUAAAAGCUGGCAAUAUUCUUUUCACAUUGGAUGGAGACAUUAAGCUAGCGGAUUUUGGAGUGUCUGCUAAAAAUACAAGGACAAUACAAAGACGUGAUUCUUUCAUUGGUACUCCAUAUUGGAUGGCUCCUGAAGUAGUAAUGUGUGAGACCUCUAAAGACAGGCCUUAUGAUUACAAGGCUGAUGUUUGGUCUUUAGGUGUCACUUUAAUAGAAAUGGCUGAAAUAGAACCACCUCAUCAUGAAUUGAAUCCAAUGCGUGUUCUGCUGAAAAUAGCAAAGUCGGAACCACCAUCGUUGGCACAACCUUCAAGAUGGUCUGCUGACUUCAAAGACUUCUUAAGGAAAUGUUUGGAAAAAAAUGUAGAUGCCAGGUGGAACACUGCUGAGCUUCUACAGCAUCCAUUUGUUACUGUAACUUCUAAUAAACCAGUCAGAGAACUGAUUGCAGAAGCAAAGGCUGAAGUUACAGAGGAAGUAGAAGAUGGGAAAGAGGAGGAAGAAGAGGAAGAAACUGAAAAUUCUCUGCAGUUACCUGCAAGUAAACGAGCCUCAUCUGACCUCAGCAUUGCCAGCUCAGAAGAGGAUAAACUUUCACAGAAUGCCAGUAUUCUGGAAUCUGUUUCUGAAAAAACAGAGCGUUCAUCCACAGAACAGGCUAGUACUAAUGCACUUGAAGGUGAAAAAACAAGUGUGGCUCCUGACAAAAAUGAAAAGGAGAAAUACAUUGCCAGCACGACUGAAGCCAUACAAGAAGACACUGAAAAACUAAAGAAUGGAUCUGCAUUGCUCCAUGAAGAUGAGGAAGCGAAGAAGAGUGAGAAAACAACUGAAAAUUCAAGAUUAAGUGAAAACACAGAGUCACAGAAAGAGGAAAAGGAAAUUGGCGCAGUAGUAUCUGAAACUAAUGUUGAGCCCUGUCUAAAAACAGAGGAGGGAAAGGACCUCACAAAUGAAUCAGUGGUUGAAAACAAACAAGAAACAAUUCCUGAUGAUGGAGGCAGCAGUGCAGAAAUUACAGAUACAGUCUCUAAAGCAGUUGGUGUGAAAGAAGAAAGUACCACAAACCUCCAAGACAAUGAAAUGGAAGAGGCAAAGCCUACCGAAGGAAUUAAAGAGGUUGAGGAAUUGCAAGGGGAUGACAAAUGUAAGGAGGGUGACCUGAAAGAGGCCAAAAGUCAGAAAAAUGAAGUUACUGCAGGUACUGAGGAAUCACAGGUGAAGGUCAUAGCUGAGACAGUUGAUGAACCACAGAAGCAAAUAAAAGAAGGUACCAGUAGUCCACAAGAGAUGGACAGUGCUGGCAACAAUCUGGUCACUGAUGUAGAUAAAGUGCUUGAAAAUGCUCAGGAGCCAGCAGAGUGCCUGGCUGAGGAUGCUUCUGAGAAAGUCCCAGAAAUGGGAAAAAUUGUAGAUUCUGAUCAGCAGUUAGUUGAGGGAUACAGUGACGAUUCAAAGAAGACAAGCAGCACAAAGGAAACAGAGGCCAGUGUUUCAGAAAGAGAAGACAACAUUGAUCAUAAGCCAGCAGACAAAAAACACACUGAAGAGGCAAGAACUGAGGAAAGCAAUAUUGCACCAGGGGAUAAAACUGCAGAACCUGAUCAUAAAUUAGAAAACAGAGCUGAGGAGAAGCAUGAGAAUAAUAUACAAAUGGACACAGACCGACCAGCAGUUUCCAGUGGCUUGCCAGUUGAAAAUAAGCUUGAAGAUUCUGCAGCCAAGCAGAUGCAGGAACAUGAGGUGUCUUCGGUACCCAAUAUUAGCAUUAGCUCUGCAGAAAAUGAGGCAGAAGAUAAAUCUGGCAAUCAGGAUAGUGUUGAAAACUCGCAUCAUGUUGAUUCUGAAAGCGCUAAAGAAAAUGAUACAGAUUCAGGCAGAGGUUCCACUGCUGACAACAGCAGCAUUGAUUUGAACUUGUCCAUUUCCAGUUUCCUCACUAAAAACAAGGAGAGUGGAUCAAUAUCUUUACAAGAAACUAAAAGACACAAGAAAACAUUAAAGAAAACUCGCAAAUUUGUUGUUGAUGGCGUGGAAGUAAGUGUGACUACCUCUAAAAUUGUAACAGAAAGUGAUUCUAAAAGUGAAGAAUUACGAUAUCUUCGGCGUCAAGAAUUAAGAGAGUUACGACUUCUACAAAAAGAAGAGCAGCGAGCUCAACAGCAGCUUAGUAAUAAACUUUUACAACAAAGAGAACAGAUGUUCAGGCGCUUUGAACAAGAAAUGACGAGCAAGAAGCGGCAAUAUGACCAGGAGAUUGAAAACCUGGAAAAACAGCAGAAACAGACAAUAGAGCGCUUAGAACAGGAACAUACAAAUCGCUUACGUGAUGAAGCAAAACGCAUCAAAGCAGAACAAGAGAAAGAACUGUCCAAAUUUCAGAACAUGUUGAAAAACAGGAAAAAGGAGGUUUUUAAUGAAGUGGAGAAAGCACCAAAAGAGCUGAGAAAAGAGCUCAUGAAACGCAAGAAAGAGGAACUUUCUCAAUCCCAGCAUGCCCAGGAGCAAGAGUUUGUACAGAAGCAGCAGCAAGAACUGGAUGCAUCGCUAAAGAAAAUCAUUCAGCAGCAAAAAACUGAGCUAGCUACCAUUGAGCGGGACUGUCUUAACAAUAAGCAACAACUCAUGAGAGCCCGUGAAGCUGCAAUAUGGGAACUAGAAGAAAGACACUUGCAGGAAAAACACCAACUGCUAAAACAGCAACUGAAAGAUCAGUACUUCAUGCAAAGACAUCAGCUGCUUAAACGGCAUGAAAAAGAAACUGAACAGAUGCAAAGAUAUAAUCAGCGGCUUAUUGAGGAAUUAAAAAACAAGCAUACCCAGGAAAGAGCUCGAUUGCCCAAAAUCCAGCGAAGUGAAGCAAAAACUAGGAUGGCAAUGUUUAAAAAAAGCCUAAGAAUUAACUCCUCAAGCACUCCGGAACAGGAUCGUGAAAAGAUUAAGCAGUUUGCUAUUCAGGAAGAAAAAAGGCAAAAAAAUGAGAGACUGGCUCAACAUCAAAAACAUGAAAAUCAAAUGCGAGACCUCCAGCUGCAGUGUGAAGCCAACAUUAGAGAAUUACAUCAGCUACAGAAUGAGAAAUGCCACCUGCUGGUUGAACACGAGACUCAGAAAUUAAAAGAGCUGGAUGAGGAACAUAGCCAAGAACUUAAAGAAUGGCGAGAGAAACUGAGACCAAGGAAAAAGACAUUAGAAGAGGAAUUUGCUCGUAAACUUCAAGAACAGGAGGUUUUCUUUAAAAUGUCUGGAGAAUCUGAAUGCCUUAAUCCAUCAACGCAAAGCCGGAUUUCCAAAUUCUACCCGGUCCCUAGCCUGCACUCCACUGGAUCAUAAAUUUUGAGCCUCUGUGAGGUGGCUUUGG